CCCUUCCCACCUGUCUGCCCCCUAUCUGUUCCUCCCCCUCCAGUCCGGGCACUGGGCCAGUCCGUCAGAUUGGCCCUCGAGUGCCUCUUCAGACUUCGGGCACAGCAGUGCAUGACACUGCUCACUCGAUCGCAGACCAAGGCCAUGGACCGGAAGGCGGGGGAAUCCCUCCUGAGCUAUGAGGAACGCCUGGCGGCAUUCAUUCAGGAGGCCAACGAUAGGGCCGCCGCCGCGGCCAAGGAACGUCAGCAGCUUGAACAAGAGGAGGAGGCCAAGCGACAGAAGGAGGAACAGGACCGACUUCGUCAAGAGGAGGCAGACCUGCAGGCGGCAGCUGAACACCGGUCACGCCAGCGGGAACGACUGUUCACACGGGAGACCGUGAUCGGCGAUGAGGCCGCACGUUGGGUGGAAAUGGCAUCUACAAACGAGGCCCCGGAGACUGAGAAAGGGCUGUCAGCCCUUGCACAGGUCUCCCACGACCUCGUGGCCACCUGCGCUCUGCAGCAGGAGGAAAUCCUCCACCUGCAGCAGACAAAGUCCGGGGAAACAGACGAGGCCUAUCAGGCCCGGAUGUUGGCCUGGAGUACCGAAACCAAGAAACGAGCGGAUGACGUAGCAACCGCAGCGAAGAAGAAGGCACAGGACGCCGAGAAGGCACGGCUGCUGGCAAUUGAACAGCAGCACCAGCAUGACGAGGCAGCAGCAAAGGCUGCCGAUGAAGAACGGGUUCAACGUCGACGACAUCCGCAGCCUCGACGACUCAAAGUCCACGGCCGCCUCCGGCAGCUGGAGCAGCGACCUGUCGCCGCCCCUGACGCCAGCUCUUCCAAUACCUCCGAUCGCCUCGAGGCAUUGGAGAUGGACGUCGGCUCCCUCAAGGACGGCGUGCAGUUACAGCAAACCGCAAUGCAACAGUUGGAACAGCGGAUCUGCACUGCCGCCAACCACUCGAGUUCAGAACCGCGCGAGACAGCUCCAAAGUUCAACGGGCAGGAGAUCUUCUGCGACUCAACGAAGACAGAUCCAAUUCCAUGGUUCCGCAAGUUCGAGCUCACGCUGCAGCUACACUACGUCAAAGAACACAAGCACCACGCGUACUUAUACUCCCGCUCGGGGGGCGCGUGCCAAGCAUGGUUGGACAAUCUCUUGUCCAAGUACGCAGUGGUAGCUGCCGACUUGCAUACCAAGAUCAACUGGGAUGAUCUUAAGGUGCCGUGGCAUAAACGGUUCCAAGUAGAGCCGUCGGAGAUCAAGGCAAUGGACAAGCUAAUGGUCUUCGAACAAGGCACGCUGCCAAGUGUCGACUGGAUUGUCGAGUACCAACGCUUGACAUCCGUCCCAGACAUCCAAAUGGCCUUCAAAGCCAUCCGCCACUAUUUUAUCUCAAGGUCGUGUCCGACAUUGAGCAAUGCCUUGACUCAUGUCGAGGACACCCUGAUGACAACGGCGGAACUCUUUGACAAGGCCGCGCAGAUUAUUAUCAUGAACAAGGAGGCUAAGAACCUGCAUUCGUCUGCGGCAGGCCCGAGCAGAGAUCAGCAUCGGUCGAAAGUGGCCGUGGUCGCGGCGGCAACGCCGUUUGACCAAACUAGCGAGGUCGUGUUCGCCAAUGAAGGGGACAGACUUGCAGCCGCCCGGGAAGGUGGCCGCUUCGGCAAAGGUCGAGGACGUGGCAAAACGAAGACAAACACCGCAUCUAGCCCCGGGCCCGGCGCAGCAUGGCCUGCCCGUCGAAAGGCAAGGGCAAAUCGAGAAACUGAGCACCGCCGGAGUGACUCGACGACACUCUCGACGCCUUCGGAACCGGUCGCUUCGCGGGUGACUGCCCUUCGUUCCGAGGCACAUGCGGAAGUCGAUAGUCCUCCUCUUCUUUAUUCUUUUGAGGACUAUGCUGCCCGGCUCGUUCCUACGCUGGGUACUCGAGCUCGAGGACAAGACGUGUGUGUGACAUCUUCUCCGUCCGGCAGCGACGACUUAUCGUUUUCAAGUGGUUCUUCACGGGAUUCGACGCACGAGUUCAACAUAGAGGUAUUGAACCCGCUCACGUCCGGGGAUUUCGCAUGGCUUCCUCUCCCGACCACGGGCCGCUUGCCGGGACCGCAAUGCGCAGCACUAUGCGCUCAUCUCCACACGUACUUAUCCUUCUAUGCACCACCAAAUUUGCCGACAAAUGACGAAGUCGCGGUGAGGGACAUCCUUGCGUAUGUUACCAAGGUGGCCCGCGAGUUUCACAAUCAGCGGUACGAUGACAACAACGCACCGCUCCUCUAUGUUCGCAUCCAAGUUGGGCAAGCGUCUUGCAGUGCUUUGCUGGAUAGCGGCGCGUCUCGCAAUUUUAUGAGCCAAGCCUUCAUGCAAAGGGUUGGCCUUGGUGCACAAGUUCGAAGGAAGGCAAACCCGACGGUGAUCAAGUUGGCGGACGGAAGGACGCAGCAACUUAUCGACCGCUACAUCGAGGCCGUACCGGUGUAUUUCGCACCUCAUGCAUGGGAACCGGUGACAUUUGACAUUUUGGACACGGACUUUGACAUUUUUUUGGGAAUGCCUUGGCUUGCAAGUGUGGAUCACACGGUCAACUUCCACCGGAGGACUCUUACCGUUUGCGACGCCUUCGACGCCGAAGUGCCAUAAAGUCAUUCUGGGCUACUUGUGCUUACGAG